AUGGAGGCACAUCGAAGGAAUUCCGGAAAAAAUAUCAAGUGGUUCUUUCAAGGGGUCAUCUUUCUCUCUCUCCCUUUAUUUCUCAAUGUGUCUAUGAAUCUAUCUAUCUAUCUAUCUAUCUAUCUAUCUAUCUAUCUAUCUAUCUAUCUGAACUUCUAUUUAUCUGGACUUUCACCAACAUUGUGUCGCAGAAAAAGUACUUUGGUGUUCGAAGGAAAGGAGAAUAAUGAAGAUGACACCGAUUCAAUGAAAUCAUGGGAUGACCUGGUCAGUUUCAAGUCGAAAAUGUGUAUGGACGAGGGCGCUCAUCAAGCAUCCAGUUUUCUGCGUAUCUCUGUUUCUUUUCUCUUUUCCAACUUAUCUCUUUUUAUUCAUAUCGUGUUUUUCAUAUCGCUCUUUCAUUUUCUGUUUACUCCAAUCCUUUUUUAUUUCCUUCCUUCCUUCCUUCCUUCCUUCCUUCCUAUCUUUUUUUUUUAUCUCCCGCCCUUGACUUCUGGCUAUCCCUCAUUUUUCCAUUUACCGUUGUAUUUCUUCCUCCCUCCCUUCCUUUCUAUCUUUCUUUCUUUCGUUCUUUCUUUUUUUCUUUCUUUCUUUCUUUUUUUCUUUCUUUCUUUCUUCUUAUUAUCUCUUGAUGUUUUCCAUCCUCUUUUUUUUUUUAUAGAAAUUGGUCUCGAGUCGGCCGACGUGCUGCCGAAGUAG